AUGGGAAUCCGGAAGGUAGCAACCGCUGCUAAAGCCUUAAAUCGUGUUUUUGUAGGUAAUUUACCGUGGACAAUAAGUAAUCGUGAAUUAAAACAGUAUUUUUCACAAUUUGGACUUGUUUCCCAAGUGAAUGUAGUAUUUGAUAAGAAAAACGGAUUUUCUAAAGGUUAUGGUUUUGUACAAUUUGCUAAAAAAGAAAGUAUUCAAUUACUUUCAGAGACACCAAACCAUAAAUUAGAAGGAAACGUUCUUACAAUUCAACCAGCAACAUUUUAA